CAAAGUUUCAAUUUGAAAAAGCGCAAAAGUUUAUAUGCAUAAUUUCAAGCAAAAAAUCACUUACCAAUUAAGCUUCUCGUUAAAAAUAAAUAAUUAAAAAAUCGUAAUAUUUAACUAACAAACAAAAAACGUGAAACAUUCUAAACUAAUAAUUUUGAAAGUGGCUAAUAAUAAUCUGACAAUUCCAGCACAAAUGAAACAAUUGCUCAAUCAAAUAUUCUAACAAACCAAGUACAAACAUAAUUGCUUUUCCUUGAAAAAAAAAAUGUAUGGUAAAUCUUAAAUUUAAAGGAAAUAUUGCGCAACUACACAGUUGAGCUCAAAAAAAAAAGAAAAACAUCUUAAAUGCCAGGCUGGAAAAGUAGGUUAGACUUUUGAACUCGGAACAAAGCCAACGAAAAAACUAAAAAAAAAAAACUAAACACAAAAACGUCAAUCACUAAAACCGGCCCCUUCGAACUCGCGCGUACAAAGUUCAAGUUACGAAAAAGCAACAAAAACAAAAAAAUAGCACUUCAAGCAAGACCACGUAGAGACGUGGCUAUCAGAAAAGCGUAAAAACCAAAAAUAAAAAACCCGACGAAAAGAAAGCAAACCGGCGUCUGCGCGAUUCAAAUCAAACCUAAAUACAUACAUAUAUACACAAAAUUGUAUGUAUAAGAAAAGUUAAAGUUAUAAUCAUAAUAUUCUUAAUAAAUGACCUCACAUAUUCACGCUUAACCGCAUUCUAGUUACAUACAUACAUACAUAUGUAUAUACACAUAUAAAGCGAUAAUUCGAAACCGGUAACUUAAGUGUAUGCGCGCAAAGUAAAAAUACAUUCAAAUUAAACAAGAAAUCAAACAAAGAAUAAUUUUUUAUUUUUUUGUUAAUGUUUCUACUAUUUAAGCAGACCAUCAAGUUACAUAAAGAACAAGUGUGCAGUUAAGAAAUAUAUUAAGUGUUAAAUAGGCGGUUAAAAAAGAACCAGCUCAUUCUUGACGACCCGAUAACGUACUACGACGGUUAAACUCUGCCAAAGUCAAAAAAGAGUUCGACGUAAAAGCAUCAACUAAAAACGUAAAAAGAAAAUCAAAGUAAAAACAAAGUAAGAACAACAAAAAUGGAAGGAUUCUACGAUGGUGAUUUAAAAGACAUUUGGGAUUCCGAUUUAGAUCCGACGGAAUCCCUCAAAAUCUCUACAGAUUCGGACUUACAUGAUUGGUUUAUGGAACGUGAUAUGAAGGAUCCGGCUGUAAUGAUCUUAAAUGACAAGCUCAUGUCAGAUGCUUUAUUUAAUUUGCAACCCAUCAAGUCAGAACACUCCUACAGUUUGAAUAGUGAUGGCGAUUCAUUGCCGGAUUCACCACGCAGCCUGCAAACGAAAAUGGAUGACAUGGAAGACGAAUGCUAUCCUGCAAUUUCGCUAAAAACCGCAACCAGCAACACAGCACGAUUACGGCAUGACGUAGACAUUUCCAGCGGCGUCGAUCCCAAAUGUCUAGCCAUAUCUGUGGAGUGCGAUGUCACACCGAUGGAAUUGUCCACCGUGGAAACCAGCAACCACGCUACAAGCAAUAGUAAGGGAGCAAAUACAUUGCUCACAACUGCCACAGUCGCCGCCUCCGCCUCAACACCUGCAUCAUUUGGCACGUUUAACGUCGCCACCAGCACAGCAACCGGUAGCAACAACCUUACUGCGAGCACAAAUACCCGCCAAACUGCUGCAGCGCUACCCAUACGCUACACAAACGCUGGCAUCUAUGCCAGCCUUAGUAAAAUCAAUACCACCGCACCGAUGACAUUCAACCUGCGUACCGCCGAAACGUCGAGUGGCACAUCCAGCAACAGCAGCAACUCCACUUUCGGCGGCAGCAACACAACUACCAUUACACUGGGUAAACCCGCCGUCGCCACACCGGCACACCUCCAACAGUACCUACCUCAAACGUCGGUGAGCACAGUUUUUGAACAGAGCAGUUGUCAUACGCCGUCAUCUGUACGCGAAGGCAGCUCCUCGCCCGACAUCUGUUCAGACAUUGAGAUCGAUGAGUCAGCCAUAAAGGAUGAGCCCAUGUCGCCAGAUUCCAGUUGCCCGCCCAGCCCAGACUCGCCAGAAUGUAUGGCAAUGGCGAAAAUCUCUCAUUUGGCCGCGCGCACUAACUCCGAUCUCGUCUUUGAACAUAAGAACGGUUGCCUGCAGCUAACUCCCGCCUCACAGAGCCUACUCAAAGCGCAACAGCUCGCCUUGAACGCCAGCGCCGCCACCAAAGGUCAAAAUAUUUUAAUGCCUAAAUUUAAUAUAAAGUCCGAGAACGGCUUUAGUAGUGUUAAUGUUCCCGCGAAGCAUAACGGUCAAUAUGGUCUGCCGCUGACGCCACCCUCCUGCUCAUCAAGUGAUGGUGAUUCUGAAGGUAAUUUAACACCGGAACAUAUACUAUCGCCACUUUCGCCCAACACUUCAGUUUCUAUAUCUGUGGCUAACCCUGCAGUAAUUUCGCCCGUUGCUCUACAUUCCGCGAACGUGCCCCGUAGUGCCAGUAGCAGCAGCUCUUCAUCGCCAUCAUCUGCAUCGUCAUCGACAUCAUCCCUGCACGUCGCCGGCCGACAUGCGGCAGGUGGGACUACUGGUUCCACACGUCAGCCUAUACACACCCCGCUUAUUAGCACUCAGCCGAAAGGCUCCACAGGCGUGCUGAUUCUAACCGAAGAAGAGAAACGCACAUUGCAAGCAGAAGGAUAUCCAAUCCCGCAAAAGCUACCACUUACCAAGGCUGAGGAAAAGUCACUCAAGAAAAUCCGAAGAAAAAUCAAAAAUAAGAUUUCCGCACAAGAGAGUCGGCGCAAAAAGAAGGAGUACAUGGAUCAACUAGAGCGUCGCGUCGAAAUACUCGUCAAUGAGAAUAAUGAGCAACGCAAACGUUGUGACGCAUUGGAGCAUACGAAUGCAAAUUUACUAAGUCAAUUGCACAAAUUGCAAACGAUGCUGAACAAACAGAACGGCAAAAAGAAUGUUUGAUCGGUUCGACGGCAAAGGGGGAUGCAAAUAGAAAAUAUUGACUCCUUCUCCACCAAAUAGCAGCGAAAUGAAUUUAUUGUGCGAGAAUGUGUAGUGCAGCCAACGCGGGAGCCGGUGUGUAAGAGCAGUGCGACGCAAAGAAAAUGAAUGCUAAAUGCGUGAAUGAGAUGAUUUUGAGCUACUUAUAUAUAAUUAAUAAUGUUAGUAGUUUAAAACAUAAAUAUUUUAUGAAAUAUUUACACAGAUAGAAACAUUUUAUGCAAU